AUGAUUUCACAUUUAUUCGAGAAGAAAAAAAUGAGCGUUAUGAUGAUUGGUCUGGAUGAUGCUGGUAAAUCGACUGUAGCAUACAAAUUAGCACCAGAUAAAGAUUUGCCCAAUGCCAUGAAUAUUACAGAAAUAACUGACGAAUUGUGUCUUCAGUCGGUUCGUUAUCGAAAUUGGGUUGUUCAAGGUAUCAGCGCUUCUAAAGGGGAUGGUAUUGACGAAGGACUGGAAUGGCUCAUUGAUCAGGUCGAAAGGACCAAAAUUGAAGCCAAUCAUCGGAUGUACUCGUACGGUGGACAUGAAUCGCAAAAUGUAGAAACGUAUCAAGAUACAGAGGUAGGUAGUCAUUUAGAUAAGAAUUCAAUUGUUCUGUUGUAA